CGGCGGGUCUGAAGCGGCGUCUGUGUCCUGGGGAGCGGCGGCCCGGGGUCCGGCUGGGGUCGAGUCGCCCGAGCGCAGGCAAAAAUUCAGUAUUUAAUGAGGACAAGAGAAAAGCAGACCAUCACUCUGCACAUGCAGUGCAUGUUCCUUUCCUAUUAUAUCUUUUUCGACAUUUCCAAGAGUCUGCUCCAUGAUUUAACUUAGAAAGUCUGAAAUGAAGAUGGAGGAGGCAGUGGGGAAAGUUGAAGAACUCAUUGAGUCUGAAGUCCCACCAAAAACAUCUGAACAAGAGACAGCCAAGGAGGAAGAUGGGUCCGUGGAACUGGAAUCUCAGGUUCAGAAAGAUGGUGUGGUGGAUUCUACAGUCCUUUCUUCAAUGCCCUGUUUGCUGAUGGAACUGAGGAGGGAUUCUUCUGAGUCCCAGAUUGCGUCCACAGAGAGUGACAAGCCAAUGGCUGGCCAGGUGUAUGAGAGCGACUCCUCUAACCACUGCAUGGUUUCCCCUUCUUCUAGUGGCCACCUGGCUGACUCAGAUACUCUGUCUUCCGCUGAAGAGAAUGAACCUGCCCAGGCAGAAACAGCGGUCGAAGGAGACCCUUCCGGAGUGCCUGGUGCCACAGUGGGGCGCAAAUCUCGGAGGUCCCGAUCCGAAAGUGAGACAUCCAUGAUGGCUGCUAAGAAAAACCGGCAGUCCAGUGACAAGCAGAAUGGGCGAGUCACCAAGGUGAAAGGUCACCGCAGUCAAAAGCACAAGGAGAGAAUCCGACUCCUGAGACAGAAACGGGAAGCAGCUGCGAGGAAGAAGUACAACCUAUUGCAGGACAGCAGUACCAGUGACAGUGACCUGACUUGUGACUCGAGCACGAGCUCGUCAGACGACGAGGAGGAGGUUUCAGGGAGCAGCAAGACAAUCACUGCAGAGAUACCAGAUGGACCUCCAGUUGUAGCUCACUAUGAUUUGUCUGAAACCAGCCCUGACCCAGAAGUGGUAAAUGUGGACAAUUUAUUGGCGGCUGCAGUAGUUCAAGAGCACAGUAACUCAGUAGGAGGCCAGGACACAGCAGCCACCUGGAGGACCAGCGGGCUUCUAGAGGAACUGAAUGCGGAGGCAGGUCACUUGGAUCCUGGAUUCCUAGCAAGUGACAAAACAUCUGCUGGCAGCGCGCCCCUCAAUGAAGAGAUUCAUAUUGCAUCUUCAGAUAGUGAAGUGGAGAUUGUGGGAGUUCAGGAGCACGCAAGGUGUGUUCAUCCUCGAGGAGGUGUGAUUCAGAGUGUUUCGUCCUGGAAGCACGGUGCAGGCACACCGUAUGUUAGCAGCCGACAAACGCAGCCAUGGACUGCUGUGACUCCCCAGCAGACGUGGGCCUCGCCGGCAGAGGUUGUUGACCUAACCCUGGAUGAGGACAGCAGACGUAAAUACCUACUGUAACCAGUGUCACCGUGGCUCCUGGCACUGUCCUCCCACCUGCUUCUCCUCUCUGUGACAUGGAAGUUCAUUGUCACAGCUUCAGCCUCAGAAGCUUUUUGUGGCAUUUGUAUAAUUCAAACUCAUGGAAAUAGCCCCUACUACCCCCCCCCUUUAGUUUUCUUUUUCCUUUCUUUUUAUUAAAAAAAGUCACUUAGGAAAAUAAUUUAUCAAACAGGAUUUCUUUUCUUCCCCUCAGUAGGAAUAUGAGAUGAUGAAUUUUGUUAGGCAACUUCAUUUUACUUGGUGACUUUUAACCUUAGGAAACUCUGCCUUCCUUUUAGAAUACUAUUUUCAUUACCAGGUAAAAUGAAUUUCCUUUUUGAGUCUUGUAUUUAUUUUUCAGUGUAAUUACAUUAUGAUCUAGACUUGACCACUGUUCACCCACCCACUUUAGGGCACCUGCAUAGAGAUUAGCCGGGUCCCCGUAGGACAUGUGCAUUUGAAAACCUGUCCUUGAACAUUCUCUUACCCUAGGUUUUCUGCUUUCUUCCCUGACUCUCCUCCUGGUUAACUUCCCCCAGCACAAGUAAUUGACAUGUUGCUUUGUGUUUUAAUACUGCUAAGAUGACUUAGUUGGUCUCCUUGUUGCAAUAACUCACAGCUAUUUGGAAAAUGUCUCCUUUGUGGGCAGUGGCAUUUCGAGUAGAUACCCACUGUGAGGUUUUACGGGGCAUCUGAAGAUUAUCAAGAGAUCAGUAAGAAAAUCUUUCUCCCUCAACUUUCCUUUUUCCCCCCUUUCUUCUGGAUGAUGGAAACAAUGCGAGGAUACAGACACCCUUUCCUUUGGGGAAGUGCGAGAAGUUGGAUGGCUUCAAAGGAAAGCACCUUUAUCUUCAUUAUUUUCUUUUCCUAGCUUAUCUUUCCGAAAGGAAUGGUACAACCCUUGACUCUUGGGGCUACAAGUGCCCUGAUGCUACAUAGUUGGGUAUUUUUCUCCUCUAUCCUCUGGGGGGGGGGUGUCAUCAAAAUACACCUUUAAGAAAUUAGAUGCAAAGCACAUUAGUUGUACUGUAGGUUUUACAGUAUUUAAAAAAAGUAGCAGAGGGUAGUAGGAGCUUCAGGGAAUUGAAGAAAUGCCAGUGCUAGACUUUGUGGCAUUAGUUACUUCUUACAACAUGCUGUAGUUACUAGUGGGUUGUUUUACAAGCAAUACUUAGACGUAGAACACUAUGUACUAUGUGCAGGCGGAGCAAAGCAACACCAGCUUAGAAGACUUCACCUUUUGUUUCCCCACAGCUUUUGUCUCCAUUUUUGCCGUGGAGCAUUUGUAUAGCCCCUGGCCUCCCGGAAUGCCUCAGCUCUUCCUUAAUGGAGCAUGAGAACCACCGUCUCCAGCUUUCACUUAGCGGACACACAGUACCAAGUGCCUUUGUGCAUGAGGUGCGUGUGGAUUGGGUGCUGUGGGUCCGCUGCCGUGAAUGAGACCUGUGUGCGCAUGCGUCAGCCUGCCGAGUUCACCCUCCUCACCUACUUACCUUCUUCCUGCUACUUCUCCCAUGCACCUCUUCUCCCCUUGGAGUGUACCGAAGCAUAUGUUCUUUGAGCCUCUGGUAGCAUCUCAUUUGAUCUGGCCUCUAUUCUUUAUCAACUUUUAAUUUCUCUGUCAAUCAACUUCUAACUGAUCAGGCUUUCAAAAGACCACGAGCCUCCUGUCUCAGCACCUCACAUAUCAAGUGUCUCACACGGCCACAGUUCUAGACGAAAACCAAAGACCCCGAGGCCAGAGCAGACAGGGCUGUCUGCAGACUCACUACUGGUGUAUUCUUGCAUCUUGACAUUUUACUUUUGGGUUUUAAUUUAUUGAAUGUUACUGUUACACAUUGUUUUUGACUUGAAUUAAAAUGUUAGACAAAGCAGAAAUGUAUAAUUUCUGGUCUAUGUUUUCCAGGAAAAACAUUGGAAAAAAAUAAGAGUGGAUCAUAUGACUUGAAACUGUUGCAGCUUCAUCCCCCCAGUGUCCUGCAGGGUUUGAGCCCCAUUUUGACAAAAGUUUGUGCUUAGCCUGUCCUCACGUUAACAGCAUUUAUCUUGUCCUCGUCCACAUAGCAUGUGGUUUUCUGUGACAUUGCCUCUAGCCCUUGACAGUUACUCUCUGUAAAGAGAGCACUUCUGAUGUGCCGUGUACACUGUGGGCCAGUGCUGUAACCGAGCUCUCUUCUGACCUUUUGACUUAACAUGAGGUGUACUCUUCUAGAACCCUGAUCGCUGGACUGAUGCACUAUACAGAGAUUUUUAGAAUUAAGACACAGAAUGGGAGGGAGAGGAUGGAAUAAUAGAGAAGUCAGCUCUUUCCGCCUGCUACACUAACUACAGAGAGAUUGUAUUUCAGGUUUUUCAUUGCUAUAUCCAUAAGAAUAAGGAUUUGCUUCUCUUUCUGGAGAAAGAUUAAUGUUAAGUAUCUGUGGUAACUAAUUCCUGUGACGUUUGAAAUUUCUUUCAAAGGAUUUUUUUCUAACUGAAGUUUUGUCUUGGUUAGCAUAUAUAUACCAGAAUCUGUCGAGAGUAAUAAUAACUCUGCUGAGGUGGUCAGUGGUCACAGGUUGAGUUGCAGCACUGAUCUGGCGCAGGCCAUCCAUCCGGUUAGCAGGCUCCUCCCAGCCCGCUUGAAGCAGCGAGCAGCAGUCUAGUUGCUGCACCAGUGUCACUGGCCGCAGUGUGCAGAUACUGCUCUUCAGUCACUGUCUUCUCGCUCUGGUGAGAGGGGCCAGAGUGGGUGAACUCUGUAACUGAGCGUCCCACCGUGAAGUCUGCGUUUAUCGCCAGUUGUGAAUGUGAACUGUCUGAUUUGCAGAUUUAGUCCAUUACUUUUAGCAGACUAGCUCCAUAGGGAACUGACUGAAAAAUAAAUUUGUUGCCUGCUUUUCAUACUGUAUCACAAAGUUUUUGAAAAAGCUGGGGAUACAAUUUUGUCUUCUUCUUCAGACUUCUCUUUUUUUUAAAGCAAAGAGCCCCUGACUCCUGUUUCCCAGUGUGUGUGUGGUGUGACUUCCAUGUAUAUAAAAUGACUGCGCCCUCACCAGACUUCCUCAGACUGUGCACUGGGUUUGUUUAAAAUCACAUAUUGUAGUACAAUGCCGUUGUAUUUUUUUCCAUUUUAUUUAAAACACUACUACUUCUAAUCUUUUAACAAAAUUUAAAGGGUAGUGAUCUUUUAAAAAAAAAUCACUGGAUAACUAGGAAAUAUUUUGUUGUAGUUUCUUUAAGAGUGCAGAGGUCUCUGGCCUUUCUGCUCCCCAUACCGUGGAGGUGAAUGUCAGCCAGUGUGCGGCUGAAGCAGCCUUGUGUGGCUCGAGUGUGGACUUGAAGCAGCGAUGACAAGUCAUUGCUUAUGACUAAAGUCUUGAAAUGUGUAACUCUAGUUUUAAAAGCAAAAUUUGGUUCUACUUUACAUUCAUUAUUUAGUUUUUGUUUCCUUUUAGUAUUUAAUGGUCUUUGGAGAAAAAAAAUAAUAAAACAGAGUGUUAUAUAUAUUUUUUGGUGCAAGAUAAGAUUUUCUGUUUUUUGAAAUAAGUCUGUAGCAUAAAGGUUAAACUAUUUUAAGACAAAAUAAAAUAGAGUGUAUUUAAACAAUG